AUGCAACCGUCGGCAUCUGCUAUACCUGACUUCUACUAUGCGCUUUUCGCGUUCUAUGAACCUGCUUUGACGAUACUAGGAUUCAUAGGAGCAAUACACGACCCGGAAACAACGCACAAUACUCAAGCACCAUGGCCAGCGGAUAGUCCACCACCUGCUACCCUUCCAAAGGCGUCCAUCGUGACUGUCAUCCAACUAGCUCACGUUUGUGCUCUCCUGGGGGUCGUUAAUUUUUUUGUAUUAACCGCCAUCCGGAAACAUCUCUCGACGGAUCCCGCUGUCCAAGAGAAGAUCGUACUUGCCCUCAUGACUCCCCUUUUCAUUGGGGACUGUAUGCACCUCGUUGUUACGCUGUGGGCUCUCGGAGAUGAGAGAUGGAUUAUUUCACAGUGGAGUCCGAUGCUUUGGACCACCAUUGUCCUUGGAUUUAGUCUUAUGAUACCCCGGAUCAUGUGGCAUCUUGGAAUUUGGAGAUAUGUCGAUACCCGCGAUAGACCGAAAGUUGAGGUUACUACAAACGAGAAGAAAUAG